AUGCAGUUUCAUGACUGCUUUGUUAGGGGUUGUGAUGCUUCCCUCUUGAUCGACCCAAGACCCGGAAGGCCAUCAGAGAAAAGCACAGGACCAAAUGCAAGUGUGAGAGGUUACGAGAUCAUUGAUGAGGCCAAGAGACUGCUCGAGGUUGCGUGCCCCCGAACAGUCUCAUGCGCAGACAUUGUAACUCUAGCCACCAGAGACUCGGUCGCAUUGGCUGGUGGUCCAAGGUUUUCAGUACCAACAGGAAGACGUGAUGGAUUGAGGUCAAGCCCCAAUGAUGUGAACUUGCCCGGACCAACAAUUCCCGUGGCCGCAUCCAUCCAAGCAUUUGCAGCUCAAGGCAUGAAUGUGAACGAUAUGGUUACACUUAUUGGUGGUGGCCACAGCGUUGGUGCUAUUCAUUGCAGUCUUUUCCAGGAUAGACUUAAUGACCCUGCCAUGGACCGCACAUUGAAUGCUAGGUACGUGUGUUUGUUGAGGAACACAUGCCGUUCUCCAAAUGACCCAUCGGUCUUGGACCAAAGGACUCCAUUCGUCGUGGAUAACGCAAUCUACGGAGAGAUACGAAGGCAAAGAGGAGUCAUGAGGAUUGAUCAAAACUUGGGUCUUGAUAGGUCAACCCGUGGAAUUGUGUCGAGCUUUGCACAAAGCAAUCCACUCUUUAGAAAGAGAUUUGCUGAAGCAAUGGUGAAAAUGGGCAGAAUUAGGGUUCUUACCGGACGUGCUGGAGAGAUCAGGAGAAACUGCAGAGUCUUCAACAACGGACGUUGA